UAGAUUAGGUUGAAAAUGUGUGCUGGACCAUGGCUGCCCAGGGUGUCUGCACCAGGGCAGAGCAGAGCCAGAAUGCUGAGAAUCCUUUUGCUUUCCAGCCUCGUGCACUUCAUAGUGAGCCAUGACACAGUCUUUCUUGAGCAGAAGCAAGCCUUCUCCUUGCUGAAACGCUCCCGGCGAGCCAACAAGGGAUUUAUGGAAGAGGUUCUUAAAGGCAACCUAGAACGAGAAUGUCUGGAAGAAACUUGCAACCAUGAGGAGGCUCGUGAAGCCCUUGAGUCUGAUCACUUAACAGAUGCAUUCUGGAUAAAAUAUUCAGCUUGUACAUCUCAGAGGAAGGUCAGAAAAAUUCUGGAUUUAUGCAUGGAAGGUGACUGUGCACUAGAUCAAGGGCAAAACUACAGGGGACCUAUUUCUGUCACCAGAUCAGGAAUUGAAUGCCAGUUCUGGUCAAGCAAGUUUCCUCACAAACCUGACUUCAACACAACAACCUAUCCACAUGCCAACCUGAUAGAAAACUACUGUCGGAACCCAAAUAACAACCAAGCAGGGCCCUGGUGCUACACUCGAGACCCAACAGUGCGAUCGGAAGAGUGUGCUGUUCCUGUGUGUGGUGAGAACCGAACCACAGUUCCGUUUAAUUCAAAUGUUCAACAAGAAGACAUACAGCCGCAGCACUGUGAAGCUGAUCAUGGCCUGGGGUAUACUGGGACCCUCUCUGUUACCCUCUCUGAGAAGCAGUGCUUGCCAUGGGCCUCUGAAAGAGCAAGGCAGCUAAGCCAGAGUGCAUCCUUCCUGCAAGAUGUACAUCUCCUGGAGAACUAUUGUCGCAACCCUGAUGAUGAUGAUGAAGGUGUCUGGUGCUACGUAGACCAUCCAAAUAUCACCUUUGAAUACUGUGAUUUGCACUAUUGUGAAAACUCUCCAGAAGAUGUGGAUGAAUCAAGAGUAGGCCGUACAGAUGCCCAACAACGUGAACUCUUCUUCGAUGCUAAGACAUUUGGCCAAGGUGAAACAGAUUGUGGUCUCCGUCCCUUGUUUGAGAAGAGGAAGAUUGCUGACGAUUUUGAGGCGGAGCUCUUAGAAUCCAUGGGUGGCCGAAUUGUGAAGGGACAAGAUGCCCAGUUAGGCAGUGCUCCUUGGCAAGUGAUGCUGUUCAAGAAAAGCCCUCAAGAGUUGCUGUGUGGUGCCAGCCUCAUCAGUGAUCGCUGGAUCCUGACUGCUGCUCAUUGUAUCUUCUAUCCACCCUGGGAUAAGAACUUCACUGCAGAUGACCUUGUUGUGAGAAUUGGCAAACAUAACAGGAAAAUACAUGAGAGGACCAUGGAAAAAAUUGCCUUGCUGGACAAAAUAAUCAUCCACCCAAAAUAUAACUGGAGGGAGAACCUUGAUCGGGACAUUGCACUCUUGCGCUUGAGGAAGCCUGUUCCUUUCAGCGACUAUAUCCAGCCAAUCUGCUUGCCCACCAAAGAGACUGUGCAAAGCCUUCUAUUGACAGGGUACAAAGGACGUGUGACUGGUUGGGGAAAUCUUUUUGAGACCUGGGGCUCUAGCAGUAAUGCCUUACCCACCUAUCUGCAGUUGGUGAACCUCCCCAUCGUAGAUCGAGACACCUGUAAAGCAUCAACCAAAAUUAAAAUAACAGACAACAUGUUCUGUGCAGGAUACAGUCCUGAUGACUCUAAAAGAGGGGAUGCAUGUGAAGGUGACAGUGGGGGCCCAUUUACCAUGAAGAACCCACAAGAUAACAGGUGGUAUCAGGUGGGUAUCGUCUCAUGGGGAGAAGGCUGUGAUCGUGAUGGUAAAUAUGGAUUCUAUACCCAUGUGUUCCGCCUGAAGAAGUGGAUGAAAAAGAUUGUUGACAAACAUGGAAAUUAAAAGGAAUUUCAUUUCAACCGGCAGCCCAGAUUCUAAUAGUAUGUCAACAAAGCAAAUAUUAUAGCAACAAAAAGCAGAAGAUAAGCCUGCCUGGCUAAACUCCAAUAAAGGUUCUACACCAAGAAUCAACUUUGGUAGCAGGAGCAAGAAUUGAACUUGUAUAAAGCAGUACAAACAUUACUAAUAAAGAUGUCAUGGUUGUUCUGUU